AUGUGGGAUGUUGGAGGUGAUGAGUUUGAUUCAUUGGAGGACACUAAUGUUGGAAGACUUGAGAUUGCCGAACUUUCACUUGAUGAACCACAAUUGGAGGCGGUUUUGUUUGGUGAUGAUGAUGAUAUUGAAGUGGGAGUCAUUGAAGAAGAUGUUUCUCAGACUUUGUCUCUCUGGUGCCAAGUCAGGAGGAGGAUUGAAGGUACUGUCUUUCAAGUUUGUGGGGAGGUUUGUCUUGAAGCUGCUUGCAAUUGCUUGGAAAAUGAGGUGAGGACUUUGCAGCUAGAAGCUCACCCAGCUUUGGAUAAGCUCACGUCGAAGAUCAAUACACUUAAUUUGGAACUUGUGCAUCAGUUGUGGCAAAGCGAAGAACAAAGGAAAAGAAUGCAAAAGGAAAGGGAAAAACACAUGUUGUUUUCAGAAUCAGAAAAUGAAGAUGAGGAUCAUGAAGUUGUGGCGAGACUGGCGACAGCUAGAGCUUCACAGCCCAAGAAAGCAACAAAGGUUGCUAAAAAAAAUGAUGCAGAUGGUCCUUCAUCAGCAACAGUUGUAGCAUCAUCAAGGAAAACUACCCCAGCUGCUGUUGGUGUUCAAGCCAAGUCCCAAGCCAAGCCCCAGCCUUUAAAACUUAAACAAAUGGUUCUAGCAUCAAAGAAAUCGAAAGAUUUGUUGAUGGGAACAUGCUAG